CCCUGGCCUCUCCGUGUCCUGGGCUGGACCCCAGAUGCUCUGUUCCCUCACGUGUCCUGCUGGUACCGUUCCCACACGGGGCACUGGUGAGGCCAUGAACUCCUCCACCUGUUGUUUCCUGGAAACAGACGCUCCAGCCUCUCCAGUUCUGGGGCUUCGUGUCCACACACCAUCUGGAGCAGCUCUGUGCCUGCUGGUGGCUUUCGGGGCUGCUGCUGGCUGUGGCACGAGGCCCCACAAAGUGACAGAGGCAGCCUCGGUGACUGCUCACCACCAAGAUGCCAGAGGAGUCUACUCGCUCAGGGCUCUUGUUGCCAAUGACUUCCGGGGAGCAGAGGUGGCGUUUGGACCUUAUUUCGUGGAAGUUGGCAGUGAGGCUGUGACUGUGUUUGUGAAUGCCAGCAGCGUCCGUGCGGAGGAGGCUCUGGCCUCUGCUGGCUCAUACAUGGACAGAGAGGGCGCCGGCGUGACGCACCGUCUGCCAUUUGCCUCUGCCUACAGUGUGUCCUUCGUCUCCUGGGCACGGACAGGGGGUUGCCUGGCAUGGCACAGCAUUCCUGUGGGCUACAGGAUAGCAUCCGUCUCUGUCCACACAAAUGGAACUGUAUUUGCCACGGACAUGGAAGUCACCUUUGAGGCUGUUACCACAGAGCCCACACCCCUGGAGUUUAUGUGGCUUUUUGGCAAUGACCCACCAGUGCGGACAGCUUCCAGAAGCAUCAAGAGGCGGCUGCGCAAGCCCCAGGGGUACCAGGUGACAGUCGAGGCUUCCAGCAGGUUUGGCAGUGUGGUUUCUGAGGCCCACCUCAUCAAGGUGCAGGAGAGAAUUGUGGCCAAUCGGCUCCUGUCCACCACCUCGGCUCUGGUCAACACCAGUGUGGCCUUUGAGUGCAGAAUCAGCUUUGGCACAGAGGUGAGCUACCACUGGGACUUCGGCGAUGGCACCGUCAGCCUGGGGAGCAGCAGCUGCAGCCACGUCUACCACAGGGAGGGGGAGUUCACCGUGGAGGUCCUCGCCGUCAACAUGGUCAGCACAGCCACCCUGCGGAAGCAGCUUUUCAUCGUGCGCCGGCCCUGCCGGCCACCCCCCGUGAAGAACCUGGGGCCCCCGAAGGUGCAGGUUUGGCGGUCCCAGCCCCUGCGACUGGGAGUCACCUUUGAAGCUGCCGUCCUCUGUGACAUUUCCCGAGGCCUCGCCUAUACCUGGAUCUUCCUGGACGCUGAGGGCUCGCGUGUGCGGCUCCCAGCUGCUGUCGACACCCACAGACAGACGAUUGAGCUGCCAGGCUACACGCUCCUCAGUGGGAACUACACGGCCUUGGCCAAGGUGCAGAUCCAGGGCAGUGUGGUGUACAGCAACUACUGUGUGGGUGUGGAGGUGCGGCCCCGGGCACCCGUCAGUGUCAUCGCAGAGGGCACACACCUGUUCGUCCCCAGGGCUGCCUCAGCCCCCCUCGUCCUCAGGGGGUCCCAGUCCUAUGACCCUGACCAUCCUGGGGCCGUUCUCAGGUUCCACUGGUCGUGCACUGCCGCCAGCUCCCCUGGGCAGCCCUGCUUGGAGGACUCUGCCCGCAGCCAAGUGGACAUGGCAUCUCCCACCCUUGCUUUCUCAGCAAGGUGGCUCAGCACCUGCUGUGACCAGUUCCUUGUGACACUGGUGGUCUCCAGCGGUGGCCAGAACUCUUUGAAGGCCCAGGUGUUCCUGUCUACCCGCCAGGACCCCAGCUUCAGGUUUGUGCACCUCUCCUGGGUCAGCUUCAAGGCCUCUGCUGUCAACCAGAACACAGAGCUGUCUCUGCAGGCUGCGUGCGAAGGCUGCGGGGACCUGCAGGACCUCACCUUCUCUUGGGAGCUCUUUCUGGUCAACGCCACGGAGGACCGCAGGCUGGCAGUGCCCGCCUGCAGCGCUGUGGGGAUGCUUGGUGUCUCAGCACUCGGGGCCUCCUGGGAGUCAUCAGAGCCCAGCUCGCUGUCCACAGAGCCCAGUGCGGCAGGUCCUGAUUCAGGGACAUCAGUGCAUCUGCCGUGGGCACCUUCACCCCUGCCCCAGGGCCCGCCUGCCCUCUCUGCAACGUGGAGCACCUCCCUGGAGUCCACAGUGGGGACCCACCAGACUCCAGCUGCUGUCCCUGGGGAGGAUCUGGACGAGGGGCCACUAGGCCUUGAGGUGGACUCCUGGGAUGGGGGAAUCCCGACAAGGAGCCCCGACGAGAGAAGCUGGUCCUCUCCCUAUCCUGAUUUUGAAGCCUAUUACGGAGACAUUGAAGAAGCAGAGCCAUCCCGAGGAAGACAGCCAGGAAGCGCCAGCCCCCCGGAAUCAGGAGCUAGCCUGGAUGAAGAGGGGAGCCCCGGCGAGGGGGACAGCCUUGUGGACCCCUUCCUCUCUUCCAGCCGAGCGCAGCCUACCCUCCUGGUUGACUGGCCCAAGACCCCGGUCAGCAGAGCUGUCUUCCAAGGCUACACCUCGUCAGGGAUCACAGGCCCAGCCGUGACCAUCAAGCCAUACUCACUCAGCAGUGGGGAGACCUACGUGCUACAGGCCUCCGUGGCCACCAAGCACGGCCUCCUCGGCAAAGCCCAGCUGUACUUGACGGUGAACCAAGCUCCCCAGCACGUGACCUGCCAGGUGCAGCCACACCAAGGUCUGGAAGCCCACACCCUCUUCAGUGUAUUCUGCAUGUCAGGAGAGCCGGACUUUGAAUACGAGUUCAGCUACCAGAUAGGUGACACGCCGAGACACAUUCUGUACCAUGGGAGGGACACCCAGUACUACUUUGCACUGCCAGCUGGAGAGCCCAUGGACAGUUACCAAGUCAUGGUUUCUGCUGAGAUCACAGAUGGCCGAGGCUCCAAGGCACAGCCAUGUGCUGUGGCCGUCACCGUGCUGCCCCAGUACCGAGGGAUGGACUGCCCUGGCGAGGACCUGUACAAUUCCAGCCUGAAAAGCCUGUCCACUCUCCAGCUGAUGGGGAGCCACAUGGAAGCCAGGAACUACAUCACCAUGUUCACCCGGAUCCUGAGCCGUCUGACCACGGAAGACAGAAAUGCCUCGUGCGGCCAGUGGUCAUUGAUACAGGAUGCGCUUAUCUCCUCGCUGUGUGCCUUCACCUCUUCAGACCAGGAGGAGUUGAUGGCUUCAGUCCUGAUGCUGAGGGACCUCGUGGGCCUCCCCAGAAGGCUGAGCUCCACCAGCAUGCUGCUCAUCCUCAGGUACGCCCAAGGGCUCCUAGCUCGCAGCCGGCUUCCCGCGGGGCUGGUGGUCAGCCGAGGCCUACGGCUGGAGCUCGUCCAGCUCCUGUCCACAGUCUGGGAUGCCUCGGGGCAAGAAGGAGCAAUGGUGGCCCAGGCACACGUCCAGGAGGAGGGAAUGGAGUUGGCGUCAGCCUUGUUGCUGGGCUGCCUCUCUCUGCCACAAGAGCGUGAGCUCCGGGUCAGUGCCAGGCAGGUGGAGUUCCUGACCAUGCUACAUUACAGCCUGCAGCGCUCUGUCCACAGCCUGGGCCCCAUCCGGGUGUACCUGCCUGGUGACCUUGCCGGGCCCAGAGCCACCUGGGAGGAAACGCGGAGCCCAUGCUACAUCAGCCAGCUUGUGCUGUUCAGGAAGAACCCACACCCAUGGGGAGGACACGCUCCAGGGCAGGUCGGUGAAGCUGUGGGCCUGACCCUGCAUGCCUGCUCUGGCAGAAGGCCCAUCCGCCGCCAUCGGCUGGCGAGCCCUGUGACUGUAGAGUUUGGGGAGGACGGCGGCUCGGAUGGCCAGGGAAACAGAAUGCCCUUUGUGUUGCUUCGGGAUGAAGUGAACGUCCAUGAGUUUGCCUUGGGGCUUUCUGGAGACGCCCGGGAGACCCUGCAGAUGCGUGUGGAGUUCUCCAAGCCGGCGUCACGGGCCUUUCCGGUCCUCCUGCUUGUGAGGUUCUCCGAGAGACCCACACCCUCGGCUUUCCUUGUGAAACAGACCCACCUCUGGGAGGAGCGAACACUGCAGAUUUACAUCCCAGCUGCUGCCUGGAAAGAGUCCCAAGUGGGCUUCUUGUCCUUGCUGGAUGCUGACUAUGACAAAAGAACCCCGAACAAGCAUCUGGCUGAGGCGGUGCACUACACGGUCCGCUUCCAGUGGCUCCGAUGCCUGCUUUGGGAUGAAGGAGAGUGGGAGUCGUCCCGUUCCUCCCCAGAGCCAGGGACUUCUCCAGACACAGUGAGCUGCAGCUAUGACCGCCUCGCUCUCUUCUCUCUCCUGAGACGGACAUUGAGCGCCAGCCUGGGAGUGAGCCGUGUUUCCGAGUUACGAAGUCAUCCACAGAACUUGGUACCCGGGGUGUGCGUGGCAGUGCUUGUGGUCUUGUACGGACUUCUGGCUGUGAAAAGCCGGCUAGUGGACUGCCGCGAGAAGAAGAAAGCGGGCUGUGUUUUCCUGCAGGGAAGUGUCCCUCCUGGCCACCAGCUCUAUGCCAUCGUCGUGGACACAGGCUUCCGCUCACCCGCAAGGUUUUCUUCAAAGGUCUACAUCAUCCUGUGCUUUGAGGACGGCUGCUCACCGACCAGAGAGCUGCACUGUCCCGAGAGGCCCCUGUUUGAGAGGAAUUCCAGACACACCUUCAUGCUGAGUGCCCCUGCCCGGCUGGGCACACUCCAGAGGGUCCGCCUGUGGCACGACAGCCGGGGGCCUGCCCCAAGCUGGUUUCUCAGCCACAUGAUGGUGAAGGAGCUGCAAUCUGGACGGGCCUGGUUCUUCCCUGCCCAGUGCUGGCUGGCUGCAGACCGGGGCAAUGGCCGUGUGGACCGGGAGCUCACCUGCCUGCACCAGGGGUUUGGCGUCUGCAAGCUUUUCUAUGCCACGUGCACGGAGUACCUGGAAGACUUCCAUGUGUGGCUCUCCGUGUACAGCCGGCCCUCCAGCAGUGGCCUCCUGCACACGCCACGACUGGCCGUCUGCUUCUGCCUGUUGUGUAUGCACAUGUGCCUCACUGCCCUGGCCACUACCCACGGAGGCUCACAGCUGUCUGCUGGCCCCACCGACCUCACCUUCCGAGCCUUUCGGCUGGGUCUCCUGUGCAGCCUGCUUGCCUCCCCCGGGGCGCAGCUCUUGUCUCUGCUCUUCAGGCUGAGCAAGGAGCCCCUGGGGCCGCCCGAGGCUGCAGCACACACCCCCCUGGGAGCGCAGAUGGAGGGAGCACAGGGCCCUGGAGAGACGCCUGGCGACCCAGAGCUGCACCAGCAUCCUGCCUCGGCCAUUCUUGAGAGGGAUGGGGCCCGGAGGAAGGCCACGAGCAGACCUGGCACAGCCCGUCCACCGUGGGAGCCGGAGGCCUUGGGGGCUGCCCAGGGUCCAGGAGGAUCCUGGAGGCCAAGUUGGACUGCAUGGGCCAUCUGCAGUGUGGCUUCCCUGGCCUGUGCUCUGGCGACAGCGAUCCUGGGCUACAGGUUCGAGCCUGCCCAGUGUGUGUGGUGGCUGCACCUGCUGUUCCUCUCCGUGGUCUGCUGCUGCUUUAUCACGCAGCCACUCAUGAUCUGCGUGGUUGCGCUGAGUCAUGCUUGGAAAAGAAGAGACGACAGCCACUUCUUUGCUGAGUCAUUACACAAGGCCACUAGGAACCUAGACUCGGGACUCAAGGGGUGUUCCAGGACCCACGACUCACUUCCCGGCAGCCCCUGCUGCGCUGGCAGUGCAGGGCACAUUGCAGAGGUCCUGGCUGCCCGGCAACGAGCCCGCCGCCUGCGCUGGGUCCGGCCCCCAUCCCGGGCCCAGCUCAAGGUCACCAGGGAGAGGACGAAGAGGGAGAGUCGCACCUGGGCAGCCCUGAGGGAUGUCACUGUGCUUGCCCUCAGGCUGCUGCUGCUUCUGUGUGUGAUGAGUGGACGGUCCUCCUGGGAUGCAGGCUCUCUCAAUCAAGCUGUGCGGAAGUGGUUCACCAGAAGCCCGGUGCAUGCCUGGGACAGCCUGCAGAGCGUUGACGGCUGGUGGGACUGGAGCCUGGCCGUGCUGCUGGAUGGCCUGCACACGGCGGGGCCCUCGAUGGCAGCUCAGCCUGGUGCUCUGGGAGGGACAUGCCACCUGCUGGGCACUCCGGUCAUCAGGCAGCGGUCAGCCGCUCCUCAUGGUCUCUGCAAGCCUCUGAGACUAUCAGCAGCCAUGUUUGAAGACACUCCAUCUACUCAGAACCCUCAAGUUGAAGGCCCGCAGAGUGGAAAUGGGAGCCACGGUGGUCUUGUGGGCUGCGUGCACAGCCUGGGCAGAACAAGGGGAGAAGUCCAGGCAGCCCUCAGCGGCCUCAGAGCCAGCAGGUGGAUCGACCACAGCACACGCUCCGUGUCUGUGUGCUUCACCCUCUUCCACACCCCCAGCCGCCUCUUCACCAGCGUCUCCCUGGGCGUGGAGAUCCUGCCCUCAGGGGCUCUGGUCCCCUCAUCUCAGGUGGACUCGGUCAGCAUCCUCCGCGGUGACUCAGUGUUGGGUCACUGCCUCAUGCUGUCCGAGCUGGCCUCCCUGGCGCUCAGCCUGGCCCAUCUCUGCUUCCAACUCUGUGCUAUGGUGGACAAGGGUGUCCUCAACUACUGGCGCAAACCAAGAAACUGGCUAGAGCUCGCUGUGACUGGGACGGGCUUUGCCUGCCACCUGGCCACUGGCCACCUCGCCACCCUUGCUGGGGAGGCCGCCGACCAGUUCCAUAAAGGAUUUUACCGGGAGUUCGUGGACCUUGGCUCCGUGGUGUGGUGGGAUCAGAGGGUGCGGUGGAUGCAGGGGGCCCUCUCCUUCCUGCUGCUGUGGACAAGCCUGGCUCUCCUGGGUCGUCUCGUCCUGCCGGCCUCCCUCUCCCUCGUGCUGGGCCACACCCUCUCCCGCGCCCGUGCCCACGCCCCAUUGCUGGCAGGGAUCCUGCUGCUGGCUGCCCAUGCUGGCAUCACACGCCGAUGGCAGCUGCUCUCCACCUGGGCACCGGCCUCCAGCGCCUGGGCAGGGGCUUUGCCCGGCCUGCUCUUCCGCUUCCCGGGGAGAAGCCGAGCACACUUGCCCCCUGCUCUUUCCCAGUCCAACCCACAGGCCACAGCUUGUUCCUGCCUGGUUCUUUUCACGGUGCUGGCCACGCUGUGCUUUGGGGUGGUAAGUACACAUCCCCACACCCGUUACCACCUGGACGAGUUUGCGAAUCUGGUAGAUGAACUUCUGAUGAAGGUUGAAGGUUUGUCCAGCAGCCUCCACCUCCCUCCUCUAGAACGACCCAGGCCUUCAGCAGAGUCAAGGGCAGAAGACAGGCCCCUGGGCGGGGGCCCAUCCCCUUACCAGAUGGCUGGGGCCCAUUUGCGUCAGUGAUCUCUGAGCAUCGUUGGAGCGAGACGCACUCCAGCCAUGCCUGAAGAAGCGUCCUGCUGACUCAGAAGAUGCGACUCGCAGCUUAACCUGCCGACAAAGUGCCCUGCCCCCUGCUAGCCUCUGAGGACACUGGACUCCACCAAGAGCCUGAGAAGCAAGAAUGGAAGCUAGGAAGCGCCUGGCACCUGGAGAGGGCGAGGGAUGCCUGGUGGCUCAUAGGCAUCCCGAGAGCAGCUGCCAACAACCCUGAGCACCAGGUUAAGAGUU